AUGUGGUCCUUUCUUGCCGGUUCUUGCCUAUUCGCGCUUGGCCUAGCCACGAUUCCGGAUCUUUGCCCAAAGCAGCAGAAAGUUGAUUUUAAAAGCGGAGCUGACCUCGCCUUCAAAGCCGGAUGCGCCAAUGGCUCCAUCCUUUAUUGCCCUUGGAACCCGCCGCAAUGCGUACGCAGCUACCAUGUCGACAUGAAGGAGCAAUUGCCCCUCCACCACGCCGGGUCUAUUGCCCGCUGCGAAGGCUUCUGGGGAUAUCGCCUGCCGGAGCCGCGGGACGCCGACCAAAACAACCAAGUCAAGGGGAUGUCCGCCGAGGUGUACCACAACGCGAACACCGAUGAUGACGAGAAAUGGGUCUGGAUCGGAGCUGCGGAAAAGAACGGCACCGUCAAGUACCUCACCGAUGGCGCGACGUUCACGCUGCCGAUUCACAAGCUGAACGAGAUUACCUCCGAGUACAAGCCGAAGGUCAAGCCCGGGAAGUGCCUUGCUAUCCACCAGACAUUCGGAGUUUAUGCGCAGCUCGACUGCCAGACAACCUUGCCUUCUCAAUGCAUGCUCGACGCACCGUAUUUGAAAAAGGUUCCACCGGUCACCUCCUCGACAGCCACGACUCCGACAAGCCAGACGCCGACGACUACAAAUGGAUCGUCUACUACUUCGCGGCCACCAUAUCCCCUGCCGCCGAACAACAAAAACGGCACUUGCACCAUCGACCCGUCUUGUCCGUGCUACUUGUCCAGCUCCUCACUGAUCAACUCCAACCGGUGCCCCGACCUGACGUGGCGCUUCAACCCGCAGACGUUUACUUGCUACAAAGUCUUCGAAGGCGGCGAGAAGUGUCUGAGUUGGGCGGAAGCGCAGACGGUUUGCCUUAACGAGAAGUCCAAGCUGGUCGACACUUCUAGCGGAGUCGUGAAGGAAAUUGUCAACACAAUCAUGGCCUGGGACGGCAAAUGCAAGAAGGAGACCGACUUCACGCCCGGCAAGUGCAAAACCGGCUUCGGCUGGGCGGCUGAUGGCAUUUCGGUGAACGGGCGCACGGAGUGCGGAAAAAUUGACCGCUUCACAAAGUACGACCAGGCCUGCAAGAUGCACUUUGCCAUCUGCUCGAUGCCGGCCGACGCGAAUGCCAAUUGCGAAAAAGAGGAAAAGUGU